UUAAUGUCGCAGGCAGUCGAACGAGCGAGGAGUUGACUGUGCUUACCCGUCUGAGUGACACUGAAACUGUCCAACCAUAAGUCUGAAAAUACGGGCGUCAGACCUAAUUUAGCCAAUGGACGUCGGACACUGCGUUUGAGUGAUAGAUAUGGCCGCGCUGUGGGGGGAAGGGGUAGUUGAAGUUGAUAGUACCGCCAUCUUGAAAAGUGCCGUCUUAUGGUGUGCAUUGAUUGUUUUGUGGGGCCGAGGUCUUUUCUGCUGCAUGUGUCCUGUGUCCAAGGGGUUCUGUGCUUGCCGCUGCCUUGAAAGCCUGUAAUGGGCAAGAACUCACCAAGAGCACAAGCAUUAUUUUAUUUUUGAUUAGAGUUUUACCCACAGGUUACUGCCUCAACCAGCGGCAGCAGCAGCACCGGCACCAUGUUCUGGAAGUUUGAUCUACACACGACGUCCCACAUCGACACCCUCCUGGAGAAGGAGGACGUGACCCUGACGGAGGUGAUGGACGAGGAGGACGUCCUGCAGGAGUGCAAGGCCCAGAACCGCAAGCUGGUGGACUUCCUGGUGCGGCCGCAGUGCAUGGAGGACCUGGUCACGUUCAUCACCCAGGAGCCCUCCGACGACAUGGACGAGAAGAUCAAGUACAAGUACCCAAACAUAUCCUGUGAACUCCUCACCUCUGAUGUGGGACAAAUCAAUGACAGACUGGGUGAGGAUGAAAGCUUGCUGAUGAAGCUCUACAGCUUUCUGCAGAAUGAGCCCCCUCUCAACCCUCUGCUGGCCAGCUUCUUCAGCAAGGUGCUGAGCAUUCUCAUCAGCAGGAAGCCCGAACAGAUUGUGGAGUUCCUGCGAAAGAGGGAGGACUUUGUGGAUCUCAUGAUCAAACACAUAGGGACCUCGGCCAUUAUGGACCUGCUGCUGAGAAUGCUGACCUGCAUCGAACCUCAGCAGCUAAGGCAAGAUGUUCUAAACUGGUUGAAUGAGGAGAAAGUUAUCCAGCGGCUCAUAGACAUGGUACAGCCAUCUCAGGAUGAAGACAGGCACUCGAACGCGUCCCAGUCACUGUGUGAAAUAAUCCGGCUCAGCAGAGACCAGAUGUUCCAAGUGCAGGGCUGCUCAGAGCCAGACCCCUUACUGGCCACACUGGAAAGACAAGAGACAGUGGAGCAGUUUCUGUCCAACAUCUUUGACAAAGAGAAGAACGAAUCGGCUAUAGUCAGUGUUAUCCAGAUACUGUUGACGCUUUUUGAGACACGAAGGCCUGCUUUCGAAGGGCACUUGGAGAUCUGCCCCCCUGGAAUGAACCACCCCUCGUUCUCAGUCAAUCAGAGCGUGCUGGAAGCAGUCAGACCCAGGCUCAAACACUUCCACCAACUGCUGCUGGAGCCCCCAAAGACGAACGUCCUGAAAACUACAUGGGGAGUGCUGGACCCCCCGGUGGGAAACACUCGCCUGAAUGUGGUCCGUCUCGUGGCCAGCCUUCUGCAGGCAAACACGCACAUCAUCAACCUGGAGCUGAUUGAUCUCAACACUGUUGGAGUCAUACUUGAUAUGUACUUUAAAUAUAUAUGGAAUAAUUUUCUGCACAUACAAGUAGAGAUCUGCACUGCGCUUAUCCUUGCCAUGCCCCCUGCUCAAAGUGAAAACCCUGAGAUCAACACGGACAACGAUCAAGAGCCGGUCAGGGAAAACCUCCUGGUCAAACACCUGUUUCAGAAGUGCCAGUUAAUCCAGAGAAUACUUGAUGCGUGGGCCUCCAAUGAAAAGGAACAGGCCGAGGGUGGACGACGAAGAGGGUACAUGGGCCACCUGACCAGAAUAGCCAAUUCCAUUGUGCACAACAGUGAUAAGGGGCCCAACAGUGCACUAAUACAGCAGCUCAUUUCAGAGCUUCCUGAGGAUGUGAGGGAAAAAUGGGAGGCUUUCUUGUCUGGCCCACUAGCAGACACAAACAAGAAAAACACUGUAGACUUGGUGAAUACGCACCAUAUUCACUCGUCCAGUGAUGAUGAGGUAGACUUCAAGGACAGUGGAUUUCACCAGGAUUCAUCCUUACAACAAGCCUUUUCUGAUUAUCAGAUGCAACAAAUGACGUCCAAUUUUAUUGAGCAGUUUGGCUUCAAUGACGAGGAGUUUGCUGAUCAGGAUGAUGUCGUGGAUAUUCCCUUUGAUAGAAUAUCAGACAUCAAUUUUUCCUUGAAUACAAAUGAAAGCGCAAACAUAGCCCUCUUUGAAGCCUGCUGUAAGGAGAAAAUCCAGCAGUUCGAAGACACUGGAUCUGAUGAGGAGGACAUUUGGGACGAGAAAGAUGUCACCUUCGCUCCGGAGGCCCAGAGACGUCCUCGGAGCUCAGGCAGCACCGACAGCGAGGAGAGCACAGAUUCUGAGGAGGAGGACGUGAAGCGAGACCCUUUCGCACCGAGCAACACCAACUCUGACGACAGAAUGGAAGUCGAUACCGGUGAAGCACCCACAUGGACAGCCAACUUUGAUGACAUCCCCAUGGAGACCGGCAGCUCCACAGCGGCAGGAACACCAGCCGCCACAGCGUCCGCGCCCGCAGUCCUGCCUGAGCCCGAGGGGUGGAGCUCGCCCAAUCCUUCCUCAGCAAAGGAGACAGGCUGGGCUGACUUCAGCAGCUUCUCAGCAACCGUGAGUCCCAGAGAUCCUCUGAGGAGCUCCUCACCUGUGGCCAUGGAGACCAGCACAGAGCCUGCAGACCCCCUGGGUGUCAACGCACUGUCACAUCCAGAAGUGAUGGAGGGUUGGCCUGGGGAGGAGACAUCCCAUUCGGCCGUGUCGCCUGGGGGGAAGGGGGACGGUGGCCCGGAUGCAGAGGACGAGCCGGCCACGGACCCCGUCACCGAGACCGUCACCAACGGCUUGAUGAAGGAAACUGUCAGCCUUACUGUCGAUGCCAAAACCGAAACUGCUGUUUUCAAGAGAGUGUUGAAAUCCUGUCGCGAGGAGGAGAAGCUGUCUACCUCUGAAGACGUGUCUGCUAAGUACGCCGUGGCAGAGAGCGCAGAGCCAGACACGAGUCUCGCCCCGUCAGCCCAGACUGCCAGCAACUGUCAGAAACCGAGUGUGAAACAUGUAGAAGACAAAGUAAAAUCUCCAAGUGAAGCUUUCAAUGGUCCUCUCGAAGAAGAAGCCAAAGCAGACCAGCGAGUGCCCUCACCUGAGGCAGCGGUGAAUGGGCCGGCGUGACGGGCAGCGCUGGGCGUCCCACAUCUGUCCCACACAGCUCACCUCCAGGGGGUUCCAGUAGGGGGCAGUGCAAGCUCAAAGCCAGAGCCACCACUGCGCUGACUUCAGCAGAUCAGGACCAGCAAUAUUCAUACUUAGGUUUUACAGACAGUUGUACAGAAACUUUGAACUGUAUGAAAAGAAAGCAACAAACACACUCAAAUGGAUACAUAGAAAGGUUUUUUUUUUCCCAUUUGUUUAUAUACUAUUGUUCUAAUGAAAUGACCUGUCUGUUAUUUUGCCACUCAAAGGUAAUAGUAAUGUUGCUAUAGUUAAAAAAAGAUUGUAUGAAUAAAGUAUUUUAUAAAAAAGAAAAUGUAUACAUAAACUGAAAAAUAUAUACCUGAAUUAUCCCAAUUGGAACAUGUUAUGUGACCAAAAAAUGAAGCUGUUUUUAAUAGGGUGUCCUCUUGCACAGAAUGGAUAUUUAAUUACCUUCCAAUUUAAAGCAACAGCUACCAGGAAAUAUGUUAAUCUGCAGUUUAUGUUGGUCUGUUUUUCCUUAAGGUAAUUAUUAGGGAAAUGUAUCAUUAUAAAUAUACAACAAAGGGUUUUUGCUACAGGUAUUAUUUGUAAAUGUUUCUUGUAUCCUUUAAAUAUGAGCAAGAUUUGAAAACCUUUGGUAUAGUUUUUAACUUUAUUUAUUAUUGAACAGUAGUUAAUGUUAUGUUUCUGAAAGAGCCAUACGCUUGUUCUCCGGCUUGAAAAAAUUAAACUGUUCAAACUGUAAGGUGAAGAA